CAAAACAAACCCCACAGUCGGUUUUCAAAGAGCAGCCUGAAUGUUGUGAACGGCGUAUGCUUAUGGUCAUUUUGUAAGGAAACGUAUGUUAAUGUAGGCUAUACAGAAAUCUGUAUAUCUCACCGAGGAGGUUGUAAUCUUUUAAACACUGUAUUUAAAAGCCAUCCGUUGUUUGAAACUGGAAGACGACAUGCAGCAGGGUUCGAGCUCGCGUUUGUCGCCGUCAAAGCACACCGAUUCCGGGAGAAUACUACGAGUUGGCUCGAAGAUGAAUGAGGUUAGUCAGCAUACAGACAUGAAUCACAAGCAAGCCUGCAUCGACCUGGAGAAGGCGACCCAAAUCAUCACUCAAGCAUUACAGAAUGAGGUCGGUCGGAACCAGGAGCUCUGGGUUGUGAUUCGUCGUCUGGAGGAGAAGGAGGCGGAGCAGGUGGAGUCAAACAAGCAGCUGAAGCUGAAGAUCGAUAGACUGCAGAAACACCUGCAGGAGAAGGACCGCUCACUGACACAGGCCAACCAGACUGUGAUUGCCUUGAAGAAUAAGCUGAGGGACCUACAUCAACAUCUGCAAAGCCAACCAAGUAAUAGCUUUCCUCUUCAACCAGAUCAGCGAACAGCAGUUGAGGAGUCGCUGGCCUGGUCAGAACAGCUGGUCUCGCCUGAAGUCCGGAGUGCUCUGGAGUCGGCUGACGAUCAGAUUCCGAUGAUGUCGUCUAACGACCAGAUUCCAAUGAUGUCGUCUAACGACCAGAUUCCGCCAGUCUCGCCCGACAGUCAGAAGAUUCUGCUGAUCUCGGCUGAUGGUCAGACCUUUAUGGAGGCUCCAGUCGCGGGGAGGAAAGAACAUGCUGCUCACGGAUAUCAGGAGUGCAGUCCGUAUGGGAGAGCUGACCCCAGAGUGGAGACUCCAGUCGCUGAAGAUGAUGAAGAUGAUGGUGGUGAUGAUGAAGAGUAUGGAGAGUACAGUCAUUCAGGACAAGACUCAUUUCCCUCUCCCUCCAUCUCAGGCACGGAGUUGGAGAAAUCAAAGCAAUACUCCUGCACUGAAUGUGGCAAGACCUUCCGCUUCUCAUGCAGGUUGAAGCAGCACCUGUCCACACACAUGGAGAGACCAUACGGCUGCUCUCAGUGUGGCAAGACUUUUAUUAACGGGGGGGAUUUGAGCCGACAUCAGCGCAUUCACACAGGGGCGAGGCCGUACCCGUGCACUCAGUGUGGCAAGAGUUUUACUGACGGGGGAAAUUUGAAACGACAUCAGCUCAUUCACACCGGAGAGAGGCCAUACCAAUGCACUCAGUGUGACCGGACUUUUACUGACGGGGAGUCUUUGGAACGACAUCAGCACAUCCACACAGUUGAGGCGCUGUACCACUGUACCCAGUGUGGGAAGAGCUUCAACAGAAAGAUUAGCCUCAAACAACACAUUCACAUUCACUCAGGAGAGAGGCCAUUCCACUGCACUCAAUGUGGAAAGAGUUUCACUCGGAAAGAAACACUCAGUCGACACCAGCGCAUUCACACAGGAGAGAGGCCAUACGUCUGCAAUCAAUGUGGGAAGAGUUUUACUCAAAAGAGAAGUUUCAAAUUGCAUCAUCACAGUCACUCGGGAGAGAAAUCAUACCACUGCAUUUAAUGUGGAAAGAGUUUCACUCAAGGACACAACGAACACCAGCUCACUGCCACCGGAGCGAGACCAUAUCAAUUUACCCAGUGUGACAGGACUGUUACUGAUGUUUUCCAUUCAGGUCACUGUCGAAUUAGCAGCUAAUACUUGCUUAAAAGAUUUGUGUUUCGUCUGGUAGUGAGUAAGGGUGUCAUGGUUUUGCUUUUAAGUCAAAAUCGAUCGAAAUGACAUCUCAAUCUUGAACUUCAAGCUCAAAGGUAGAAUCGACAGUGUGGCCACACCCCCAAUGUCAUGUCCAGCAUGUAUGCCAAGACGCAAAACCACACGUGUGUUGAACUGCGGCGUCAACACUCUCCUAAUGUUAGGCUGCAGCCAGUGAAAAAAUACACAUCAAUCAACCGAAAUCGAGGCCCCUCGUGCUACUCUGAGUUUGUGCUCUGUAUUUUGUCGUUCAUUCACGUCAGUUAGCCGUGAAACAAACACUAACUUAGUCUACUCGGCUUACUAAAUGAAAAGAUGAUCUAGUUAUAGUCCAAAAUUACUUUAAGGUCUCUUCAGAGUGUGCACAAACAAUCAUUCUGUGUUUUUUAAUUUCACUACUCUAUGUUCACGUCUCUGUUUAAUGUUUGUUCUGUUUACAACCUCUCGGUAGGAACAUUUCAAAAUCAAACGGGCUUUAAAAAUAAAAUAACAAAAAAAAAAGAAACUUCUGCUCUCACCUCGCGGCCCUCUUUCGGCUAUAACCGCACUAUGUCAUUUUACCAGAUCGGGUAGCGUUUCUGUAGUUUGAUUAAAUGAGACAUGAGAAACUACAAAUUUGACUUGUUUUGAUGUCGCAAUACAUCAUACUUUCAUAAAAUCAUGCAACCUUGUCUGUGGACAUCUUUAUUUGCUGGGUAAACAAAUGACGCGCGUGCGACAGGAAAAGUGCUUUAGUGUUGCUUUAAAUAACGCCCUUAUCGCUAUGUUACUUAUUCAUCUGAUUGGUUCUCGUCUUCUCUCCUCUUCCAUUUAGUGCAGCUUUGAGAUGUCCUGUGAAAAGCUCAGUAAUUAUGGUUCGGCUCUAGUUUAUCUGAUUGGUUCUCGUCUCCUCGGGUUCGGCUCUAGUUUAUCUGAUUGGUUCUUGUCUCCUCGGGUUCGGGGCCUGUAUAGGAUCGCCUCAGAGUCCUCUCCUUUUCCGGUUAUACUGAAUAUCUACCUCCCUCCUUCCUGGCUCUUUUGCUACCUCCACAGCAAUAUUUUCGACUCAAUUUAGAGUCAGUUUUACCAAAUGCACACACAUUGUCCCACUUCACUGCCUUUGCCAUUUUGGCCACUGAUAUCAUCAUCAUCAGCUCCUCUGACCGUCUCCUCCUCUCCUGCUCUGCUGUGGGGGUCAUCCCUAUGUUUCCCAAAAGGGUCCUAUGUUCCCUGAUGUUCCCCAAAAGGGUCCUAUGUUACCCGAUGUGCCCCAAAAGGGUAUGUUCCCCGGUGUUUCCCAAAAGGGUCCUAUGUUCCCCGGUGUUUCCCAAAAGGGUCCUAUGUUCCCUGAUGUUUCCCAAAAGGGUCCUAUGUUCCCCGGUGUUCCCCAAAAGGGUCCUCUGUUCCCUGCUUUUCCCCAAAAGGGUAUGUUCCCCGGUGUUCCCCAAAAGGGUCCUAUGUUCCCUGAUGUUUCCCAAAAGGGUCCUAUGUUCCCCGGUGUUCCCCAAAAGGGUCCUCUGUUCCCUGCUUUUCCCCAAAAGGGUAUGUUCCCCGGUGUUCCCCAAAAGGGUCCUAUGUUCCCCGGUGUUCCCCAAAAGGGUCCUGUGUUCCCCAAAAGGGUCCUAUGUUCCCUGUUUUUCCCCAAAAGAAGGGUCCUAUAUUUUUCCCCAAAAGGGUCCUAUAUGUUCCCUGCUUUUCCCAAAAGGGUCCUAUGUUCCCUGCUUUUCCUCAAAAGGGUCCUAUGUUCCCCGGUCGCAAAACAUAACGGGGAACAUACCGUAGGACCCUUUUUGGGAAAAGCGGGGAACAUAGGACCCUUUUUAAAAUGGAAAAAACAGAUGCGGUAGUAACUUAUGGUUUGUGUACAUUUGUUUAUGUUAUUGCAUUAAUAUUAUAUUGUUACAUUUUUUCUGUUAUUGGGUUAAAUUCUCCAAAUGUAAAGUGCUUCGAGCUGCAUUCUUUAUAUGAAAGGUCCAAGGUACAAAUCAAUCUUCUUCUUCUUCUUCUUCUUAUAAUUAUUAUUAUUAUUAUUGCUAUUGUUCCUAGGUGUAGUCUCCUGCACUGUAUUACUAUUUUGCUGUAGCUGUGUCUCUGUGGCUUAGAUUUUAAAAUGGCUGAUGUUAGUAGCUUAAAUGUUAUUCUCUCACUGUAGUUGUGGCUGAAAUUAUAAAAUGCGUAAAUGUUUAUGGCUUAAAUGGGGUUUUUUACUGUUGCAAGUUGCUUUGGAUGAUGAACGUGUCAAAUGAAUGAAUGUAAUCAUCAUUGUUGAGGAUAUCUGACUCCAAAUGAAUAAAUGUAAUAUGUAAAUCAU